CAACAACAACAACAGUAAACUGUUUUAAUUUGGCACACAUGAGCUGAUGUCUUGGCUCAUAUAGUUAACAAUGAUGCAGUGCAUAUGCCGGAGAGUUCCUUCAUCACUUUGUAUUGAAAUCAACAGCAUUGCUAGGAGUCAGGCAGCAUGUGCAGAUUUAACUUCUAUAUCCAGACUGGCAAAAAGUGAACUAGUUUUUCAAAGAUUUUAUCAUUCUGUUAAAAGGCCCGAAAGUUCAACAAGGCUCAGAUUCAACAAAAAUAAUGUCUAUGUCAGCAUGCAUUCUAAUUUAUCAACUUUUGCAACUCUUUCAAAAAGCAGCAUUACACAAGAAGAUGAAGAAUAUGUAAAAGACUUGUACCAAGGUGUUAUAGACGGCAAGAGAGGGAGUUUGGCAAAAGCUAUCACUCUUGUCGAGUCAACUCACCCAAAGAAACAAGAACUAGCUCAAGUCCUUUUAGGGGAUGUACUAAAAUAUAAUAAAGAAAGGGAACAAAGAGCAGGGGUACAGAAUUAUACUUUUAGAAUAGGAUUGUCUGGCCCACCUGGUGCGGGAAAAAGCACUUUUAUUGAGGCAUUUGGAAAGUUCCUCACUAAACAAGGUCACAAAUGUGCUGUGUUAGCUGUAGACCCAUCAUCCUCCCAGACUGGAGGUUCUUUACUUGGUGAUAAAACUCGGAUGCCAGAGCUUUCCUGUGACCCCAAUGCCUACAUACGACCUUCACCUUCCAAGGGGUCACUAGGUGGUGUUACCAGGACAACCAAUGAGGCUAUCGUUGUGUGUGAGGCAGCUGGCUAUGACAUCAUUUUGGUGGAAACUGUAGGGGUAGGUCAGUCUGAGUUUGUGGUAUCUAACAUGGUGGACAUGUUCUGUCUCCUCAUUCCUCCUGCCGGUGGCGAUGAACUGCAGGGCAUAAAGAAAGGCAUAGUAGAGGUAGCAGACAUUGUAGCUGUAAACAAGUGUGAUGGCGACCUCAUUCCUGCAGCCAACCGCAUACAGAUGGAGUAUAUCAGCGCUGUCAAGUACAUGAGGCCACGCUCUGCAGUAUGGAAACCACAGGUUCUAAGGAUCUCCUCUCUGACCAAGGAGGGCAUUCCUGAAUUGUGGAAAAACAUGCUUGAUUUCAAAACCAGCGCUGCAAUGGCGGGGGAAUUUACCACGAAGAGAAAACGCCAGCAUAAGGUCUGGAUGUGGAACUAUAUACGUGACCAUAUUAUGGAGCUUUUUAUGAAACAUCAGCUAGUAAGGGAAAUGAUUGAGGAGGUAGAGUCAAAAGUUCAGAAAGGGGAAGUAACUCCUGGGAAAGGAGCUGAUGAACUUUUGGGGCGAUUUGUUAAAGAUGUUUAAUAAUAAAAGUUCAUAUAGUUGACUUUCAGUUUGGAAUUUGUUCACAUCUGUAACAAUAACAUUAUGAAAGAUUAUUGAUUUUUUAAAUAUCUCUAUGUGUUUAAUUAAUAUAUAAACACAUUUUUAUUAAUUUUGUUUAAUGAAAUAGUUAGAAUAUUUGGUUUUAAAAUCAGAUUUUGUUAUUUACAUUUUUGU